AUGCCUCCCCGAGAAGAGCACCAAAACUUGGAAGAGAACUACCAACCGGCUAGAACUCCGUCCUUCAGCGCAACGAGUUGGUCGCCCAGAUUCAGGUGCAGCUGGAUAUCAACCGCCAAGAGAUCCGAGCGCGGGAACGAGAGCAGGCAAGAUUGUUGCGAGACUUGCGGGAGAUGGAUAAUCGGAUCCGAAUCGAGAUGAUGAACCUGCGUGCAAGAGUGCUGGAAGAAAACCGUGAUGUUUAAUUUCUCGCUGCGUUUGAAAUUUAGUUAUAAUUUCUCAAUAAAUCCUAUUAAAUUAAA